GCGAGCAUCACCGUGUCGGUGCUUUCCAAAGCCUGGCUCGAGGAGGCACUUCGCUGGCCUCCGUGUGCAUCCAAGCUCAGGCUGCACCUGAUGGUCGACACAGGCCUGGGCAGAGAAGGUGUAAGAAUCCAAGAGGUCCCUGAGGUGACCGCUGCGAUCUUGGCGAAGCCGCAUUGGUCUUUGGAGGGUCUCUACACGCACUGGUGCUGCCCGUAUCAUCCAUUGGAGAUGCACCGCUCGCACGUGAUUUUUGCCGAAGCUCUUGCUGCGGUUCGCGUGCCAGACUCAUGCGGAAUGUGGUUGUCCAGGGGAGAGAGGCGGAACCGGGUGGACGACUGUGCCUCUAACCAUUUUUGCCUUUCCUUGGCACUUGUUUGGUAUUCGGACUUGGUGCAAAGGCCAUGGCACUUCAAUCGGCAGCGACUUUGCGAUGCUUUCAAUGCCCAAGGAUUUGACGGGAAAAUCGACUUCGUUUACCUGCCGCUUUGUUUCGCGGAAAAGAAAUCGCUGGGAUACGCAUUUGUCAACUGCAUAAGCCACGAUGCGGUCCGAAAUUUUUGGAACUGCUUCGAUGGCUUCAGAUGGGGCAUAGAUGCAGACCCGGCGUCUGUGUGCUGGUCGAAACGGCAUCAGGGACUUCGGCAAGCUAUUGCGUACUACCGCAACAGCAAUGUGAUGCACCAGAUGGUUCCUGACGAGUGCAGGCCAGUUAUUUUGUCGAAUGGUCGACGCAUUGCUUUCCCUUCGGCGACGAAGAAGCUCACACCUCCAAAGAAGGCAAGACGCGCCGCUGAAGGCCAAGACCUUCAAGCUGUGGGCUUUGCUAACAGCAAGACUGACGAUGAGAAGCCGAUUCAUGAAACUGACAUCUUCGACACCAGGGACAUUGACCUUGCCAUGCUUGCGGAUGCGACUUUCAAUCCAAUGAGGAAAUUCCUCAACCCCAGAGAGGAAGACAUGCCGCUGCCGCGCUUUGACGUGAUAAUAUCGGUCUAA